UUGUCAGUUUGCUUUGGUUCGCGUCCCGACUGCAAAGCAAAUGAAAAAAACAAGUUAAUUUGUUUAAUUGUAUGCCUGCCGCUGAGUGCGUGAUUGCUCUUCAAGUUCCAAAGUCGUAGAAAUGUUGCGCAACAGGCUGUUGGCCUGUCUCCGACAAAUCAAACCCAUCAAUUGCAGCCCAUUUUUGCGAUCGCUCUCAAAUGCAGCAAACUCGGGUCUCACUCAGGUCGAAGUGGACGACAAGAGUGGGAUUGCCACAUUAUCGAUGAAUCUGCCGCCAGUGAACACUCUCACAUUGGAGUUGAUGCACGACUUGAUCGAUUCAAUUAACCAGAUCGAGUGCAACAAGAGCCGUGGGCUCAUUCUGACGUCGAGCAAUGACAAGGUUUUCUCUGCCGGACUUGACCUCAAAGAGCUGUACAAGCCCGAUCAGGAGAGGCUGAAGGAGUUCUGGACAAUCUUCCAAGACCUGUGGCUGGCCCUGCAUCUCUGCGGCAUUCCAACAGCAGCGGCCAUCAACGGUCAUGCGCCUGCCGCUGGCUGCAUUAUGGCCACGGCCUGUGAGUACCGGGUCAUGCUGCCAGAUUUCUUUAUCGGAGUGCAUGCCACGCGAUUUAGUUUCCUCGUCUCCAAGUGGAUGAUGCUCUCCUAUCAGAGUGUGCUUCCACGCCGGAUUGUCGAGCGGGCGCUGAACCAAGGUAAGCUAUUCAGCACUCAGGAGGCCCUUGAGGUGGGCCUCAUCGACGAGGUGGCCUGCAGCAAAGAGGAGGCCCUGGCGCAAUGUUCCGCCUUCAUUGGCACCUUUGACAAGGCCAAUCCGAUUGCCAGAACACUGACCAAGCAAAUGUGUCGCGACUCGGAUGUUCGCGAGUUGCUCAGCGAUCGUGCCGGGGACCUGCGUGCCUGUGUGGACUACAUCAAUACUCCCCUGUUCCAGGAGGGACUGAGCGCCCACCUCCAAGGCCUCAAGGAGAAAAAAUAAUUGGUCAACGCAUCGAACUGGUGCUGUCCAAAGUGUGCUGCAUUUAUUAUAGAAAUUUGUAUAUUAAAUUGUUACUCCCAAAAACUUA